AUGUACGACGGGCUGCCGAAAUUGGCACUGCCAUGGGAAACUAAACUCGUGGCAUUUGCAGAUGACGGAGCUGUAGUCAUUGUGAGCAAAUACUUGGAGAUCAACUAUACCUUCGACCUGACCUUCGAAACGAUCCACCGUUGGAUGGACUCACCGUUCAUCCGAAACCUGGGGGUGAUGAUCGAUGCCCGACUCAACUUCAAGGAGCAAGCAGAACACGUAGGUACCAAGGCGUCAGGAGUCAAAUCUACCUUGUCAUGCCUCAUGCUUAACAUCGGAGGACCCAAUCAAAGAAGACGAGUGCUGCUGUCUUCAGUAGUUACGUCCAUGCUCACAUAUGGUAUUCCUAUUUUUAACCUGACGUACUCAAAUUGCAAGAAACACGGCGUGCUAGCUGUAGAGCGAAGAUCCCUGUACCAGCGGACGAAAUCGGAACCACUGUGCGCCGAAGAACUGGCAACGGAGGAGAGGCGAAACCGCUUGAGCCGAUGGCAGCAGAAAUGGGCUGACUUGACCAAAGGGAGAUGGACCCACCGUCUGGUCCCGAAGGUGGAUGUCCGCUGA